CACCUCCUCCCCACCUCCCUUUACCUAUGGCGCAUACCUACGGUGGACCACCACCCCCUCCUCCUCAUUUCAUUUUUCAGUACAACAGCGCCGCCACCAUUGAGAGAAUCUAUAACCUGCAAUUCAUCGUUCCGGGAAACCGCAGCGUCAUCGGCCCAACUGCCGUGGCCAUAGGUCCCUACCACCAUGGCUCAGCCCAGCUCUCGGGGAUGCAAGAGGCCAAGAGCGCAGCCGUGGCUGGGUUCUGCCGCGCGGCGUGCCAGCCGCGUGAGGCGGUCAGAGGGAAGAUGCUCUCGCUGGUCGGAGCCGCUCGCGGGAGCUACGCCGCCGACGGCACGCUCUUUGACAUGGACGACGGUGAGUUCGCGGACAUGAUGCUGCUGGACGGCUGCUUCCUGCUGCAGUUCAUGGUCUCCAUGUGCGGGCGACGCCCCGACGGCGACGACCUAGAUGACCCACUCAUGUCAAGAGGCGAGGUGCGGAGAUGCGUCAGGGCCAUCGCGCGGGACGUGAUGCUGCUAGAGAACCAGAUCCCCUGGCUUGUGCUCGACUCCCUCAUGCAGCUGACGAGGCCGCCCGCCGUGCCUGACGUCGACAGGUUCCUCGCUCUCAUGGCCUCCGCCUUCGACAUCGUUGGCAACGACAUCGACAAUGCCAGCAGCCAAACCCGGCUGCGGGCCGCCGCCGGAGAACCAAACCAGCCGCCGCCGCCACAUCUCCUUGGCCUCUUCUAUCGCCGUCAGAUGGAGGAAAUGGGCGCGGUGCGCACCGAAAACCAGGGCCUCCUCCGCGUCCCCAUCCAGCUGGCUUCCCUUUCCAGCACCGCGGUGGAGCUCGCGGAGAUGGGCAUCAAGCUCGCCGCCAGCAAGACCAAGACGUUUGGGGACAUGGCCAUGUCCAAGCGCCGCCGCCGCCGCUGGCCCCUCAGCCUCUUCGGCGAGCUCUCUCUGGCGCCGCUGGUCCUGAACCGGCUCACCGAGUGCUGGCUCCUGAACAUGGCGGCGUACGAGUCGUACCAGCUGCAGGGCAUCGCCACCAUGGACGGCGCCGCCGACAGCUUCCCCGUCAGCUCCUACGUCACCCUCGUGUCGCUCCUGGUGAACAGGCCGGAGGACGUGCAGGAGAUGCGCGCCAAGGGACUCAUCGUCAGCGCCUUCGACGACAUGGAAACGCUCGGCUUCUUCAAGGCGCUGGCCCCGCAACUGAACGUCGGCUACCGCUACUACGAGGUCUUCCAGCGCCUGCAGGAGUACAGGCAGGAGAGGUGGCUGUGGAUCGCCGUCCACAGCUUCUUGUACAACAACAUUAAGACCAUCGUCACUGUGUUCUCCAUCGUCGGCGUGCUCGCCGGACUCUUCAAGACCAUCCUUUCUGUCAAACAGCCCCAUGGAUAACACCAGCCCAUUCGAUCGAUCGGCCAAGUUGAUUAUAUAUUAUAUUCUCGAUUGUGUGCUUAUAUAUCUCUUGUACUCGUCUUUUGCUUACC